AUGUCGGCCAACGCUAUAUCAGCCGCUUUUGAGGCGGGAAUAUUUGAAGAGAAUGCCUCACAGAAUCGUGGCUGGACAAAUCUGCGCCCCAGGAUUGAGAGUAUGUUGGAAAAGGCUGACAACAGGACGACUCUCUUUGUAGGUGCGGCAGCCUCCUCCUUCAAGCCGACUGCCUAUCCGACCUGGGGUAAAUUCAUCGAGCUCUUGUAUAGCUCCCUGAUUGAUGUUGCGUCUGCGGAGCUUGAAAACGACCGCACUGAGGUCAGGAACGAACUCAAGCAAUGCAUCGCCGGAGCGCUCCAGUGGGGCAGACCCGACCGAGUACCCAACUACAAGGUCACCGAAGUCAUUGCACGUCGCCUGGGAAAGGACUACCUUCGCCUCUUGAGCGCGUUUAGGACACAACAGAGUGAUGAUGGCUGGCUAGUCAACGACGCACAUAGGUGGGUAGCAAAAUGUCUCAUGGAUGGGAGCACUGCCGCAGCCGUCACAACAAAUUUUGACGAUUGUAUUGAACGCGCGCUCGAGAAUGCUCAGGCAAACAUCUAUCGGCUCACUGGCAACCGCCACGUCGAUGGCCCGGAAAUCGUCGAGCGCAUGCAAGACACUACCAAAAGGCUAAUUCUGGUGGUCAGCGGCCCUCAGUCUUGCCAGUUUGCACAGGCUUUGCUUCCUCAGCUUGGAAAAAUGGUGUCAUUAUUGUUCAAGCUCCAUGGAUCCUGUUACGAGGAGGAAUCCUGCAUAGAUACCCGGUUGCAGAGACAACAAGGCCUUCCGUCUUACGCAGUCGACAUUCUGGAUACUCUUAUCAAGGAAAGUGUGUUCUUUCUUGUCUGCUACAGCGGUGGUGAUUUGAAUGACAACACGGACUACCUUCGAAUGGUACAUAACAAGGAAACAGCACGGCUUGUAUGGCUUCAAAAGCGCUUCAACGAAGUCGAGCCCGGCCUCGAAGCACUUUCUCGCGUGCUGCAGACCGCAGAUACUGCCGACCAUGGUCUCUGCCUUCUGCACGGGUCAAUGCGUGGAGAACAGGUGGAAUGGGAUGCAGAGCCUCCCGAGUUUGUGAACGAUGUCUUCAGUUGGAGUGCCCGUCUGGGAUCCUCCUGGUGUAAACUUGUUGUCCUUGAUCUGAUCGAACUCUGCAAUGGAGCUUCAACUCAACGCCUUAGCCUCGAGAAACUUGGAUUCUCGGGAAGCCAGCGACAGGAUUGGAAUGACGUUCUUGAAGAUGAGUUGGGAGAGUUUCUUGAACAAGAUCAGUUUGUAGCUGCUCGAAAAUGCAGCAAUGCCGCCGAACUACUCCACAGCAUCCUAGCCGAUGAACUAGACGAGAAUCAACGCGCUUUAGUCUGCCCCCAAGUCAAUCAGCAAUGUUCAAUAAUCAAAGUGUUGCACCAGAGUUUCAACAGCAAUUUGGACAACCAACAGUCGCACGCCCAAUCGUGGGUCAUUAGCUCAUUGUACGGGCUUCUGUUGUUUUGCGGCAAACAGCAACGCGCCGCCGGUGAAGCGCUAGCUUUUGCUCAGAAUUUUGCGUAUCUGGUCGGCGAUUUGCAGUCGUCUAAGUUGAUUGAACAGCUCAUUCAUGCCCUGAAAAUAAAGAGCCGCUCUAAGUCUGGAGAGCAGCCAACAGGGCAGAAGCGCGAGGACUCAGCACUCACCGCCUUUAUUCCUUCUUUGGACAAUGUCAACGCAAAGGCCAACUUGUACGGAGUUCCGCCGUCGCUGUUCUUUCGUGCUCUUUUGCACCGUGCGAUGCUCUUCGCAGACAGAAUCGCCAUUCCGCCACAAUUGCUCACUAACUCGAAAGAGUUUGUGGGUGAAGUCCUCUUCGGCGGCACAGAUGAAGCAAAAACCUUCUACCUGAGCUUCCUGUGCCCCAUUGUGCCCGAAACCGGGGAUCAAGACGAAGCCAGAUCGUUGUUAUCGGGUUAUCGGCGGAACACGGCUGGGGACUUCAUCUCUGAAGGGUUCAUGGAGAGCUAUGUGAAAAAGUUGGAAGAGUACUUUCACUCCACUGACAAUGAAAGUCGGUUCAUCUUUUACUCGCGUGCCGGGAUCGCCGACAGAUAUAACCAGCACGUACGUGGUCAGGAUUCAGUUCCGGAAGAUUUUGAGCAAGCGGACGAGGAGCUCUUGGCUGACGUUGUAGACACCAUCAUCACGGUCGUCAAACUUUUCAUACAGAACAACAAAGGGCCAAUAGAUCGCUCAAAGCUCUAUUACUUGAGCGGUCUCUUCGCCAAGGUCCUUGACGACCAGGAAGCGGUCUUCAAGCAUCUGCGAGAAGACGUCGACCCCGAAAUUUCUUUCCGCCUUACAUCGGGCCGAGCGAAAUUGCUAGAGCGGCCGUGGAUCGCUGGGCCACUUUGUCACGAACUAUUCGACGUACCGUACGAGUGCAACCUGCCAAUUCACUUCACCAUAAGCUCAACUUCGCCCAACAAUGCUAUGUUUGUUGAAGAGCGCGAGAUGGCUUCCUGGAGAUUCAUGGCUGAAUUGUCAGCCGACAAGUCAGCCUUUCAGAUCAAUGACGAUGCCGUCUCUCUGGAACCACCCGCUACACUAUCCGCCCUCCUCCUGGGACAGGCCUCGGAACAAGACCUCAUUGAAGCCCGAGACGCGCUUUCGGAGGUCCGUGCAAAGCUGGCCGCUGAUGAGCCACUCGAUGCGGCAAGUAGAGGCCUGGUCGCACGGGAGCUGGCGACUUUCGGGAAGGCUGCCAUCGACGUGGAAAGCGAUCCCAUCACUGAGCUUGCGGUGAUUCCCGAGCAGCUUAGGGCAUCACUCCAAAACUUCUUGAGGCAUUGCGUCUUCUUGGUUCGGAAAGGUGCUGCGCUGGAUAGGAUGUACGAGGAGCCGGUGUUUUCAUUGCCAGGAGCGCUCAGGCUGGAAAGGGCGUGA